GCCGCCGCGGAGACGGCAGCGUGUGUCGGCUCAGGUGACCGGCAGGUGGCCGCCAGAGACAGAGUGGAGCCGCCGCCGACCGGCCGCGCGCGCCAGUGCACCCUGUGUACGUACCUACCUGUGACAGCGCGCCGCCAUGAUCGAGUCGCCGGCCGCCCUGCCGGCCUCGCCGCCCCGCGUCGGCGCCGACGAACACGACGACGAGAUCAACGUGGACGACGACAGCCGGCCGUCGUCGCCGGGGUCGGAGCCGGACCGGAGCGCCGCCGAGUCGCCGCCGCCCGCCAGCGCCCGCAUCUCGUUCAGCAUCUCGCGGCUGCUGGGCGGCGGCGGCGGCGGCGGCUCCCCGGGCGGCGAGCGGCGCGCGGCGCGAUCGCCGCCGUCGCCGGCCGGCCGGCCGCUGACACCGCACCAGAAGGAGUCGCGCGCCGUGGCGCCCUUCUCGUACGCGCCGUUCUACACGGCCGUGUCGUCGGGCGCGCUGCCGCCCACGCUGCUGCCCGAGCAGUACGCGGCCGCCCUGUACGACCCGUUCGCGGCGGCCGGCGCCGGCGGCGUGAUCCGCGUGCCGGCGCAGCGGCCGGCCGCCGGCCCGCUGGCCGCCCCCUUCGGCUGGCUCGGCCCGGCGGCGGCGGCCGCGUCGGCGCUCAACCCGCUGCACCGGACGGCCGCGCUCGCCUCGCAGCUCGUCAGAGACAGGUUCGGAGCGCCGUUUCCGCUCAACCGGAGGAUAGGACACCCAUACCAGAACCGGACGCCCCCGAAACGGAAAAAGCCGCGCACAUCAUUCACAAGAGUGCAGAUAUGUGAGUUGGAGAAGCGCUUCCUGAAGCAGAAGUACCUGGCGUCGGCCGAGCGAGCCACGCUGGCCAAGCAGCUCAAGAUGACAGACGCCCAGGUGAAAACGUGGUUCCAGAACCGGCGCACCAAGUGGAGACGUCAGACGGCCGAGGAGCGCGAGGCGGAGCGCCAGGCCACCAGCCGGCUGAUGAUGUCCUUCCAGCCCGACCAGUGUCUCUCCAAGGGCGUGUACUCGCCGCGCGACCAGCUGCCGGUCAACCACGCCUCGCUCAGCGCGCUGCAGAGCAUCCAGCCGUGGGCGGAGCGCGCCGGCAGCCCGCCCAGCGGCUCUCCGCCGGCGCCGCCGCCGCCGCCCGCCGCGCCCGCCGCCGCCGCCGCCGCCGUCAGCGCGCCGCUCUGCUAGGGCCGCCGCGCGGCGCACUUCAGACACGCUGUGAUAUGUGGCCGCCAGUGGGCGACGAGUGCCGGAGAGGACGGGGCGAGUGGUGACUGAGAGAGGCGGCGCCGCGCGCGCCCCGCGGAUGGGCUGUUCCUACCCGGGCGGCCCGGACCGGCGCGGCGGCGCGAUCCGGCGCGCGCACUGUCGCCGACACUUGGGCGCUGUUUGAUACCAUGUGCUUUUUAUGUUGCGUAGUAUUAUGGGCGACAGGAGCCGGCCAAAACCUCGAGAGGACCCCGGUGUAGUCGCUGGCGUCAGUAAUUUCAGCCCGGUACAUAGUGAGUCGCUCCCCCCCCCCCCUUCCCGUCCCUCCGUGCGCCCGGCUGGCAGGACCUCCGUCAGGGGCACCACGGCUCGCCGAAUGAACAUAUCACUCUGCCCCGGCGGGAUAGCCUCCCUGCCACUCCCUCGCUCCGCGGCCGCCAGUUCAUCGCUCUGUGAAUGUCGCAGAAUCAUUUAGUUGCUAUAGCGUGUACAAACCUACGUGCCAGGAUAUAUAUUGCGAUGAGUGAAUGCCGUUAUGUGUUAAAUACAUUGUCCUGGAAAUCCUUUUA